AUGUCUCGAAUUUCUAUAAAGUCCAAGGAAUCAAAUGCUCGAUUAUUGCGCCGGAAAAAAAAAGUAAUGGAAACCAUGAAAAUCUUAAAACCAAUCAACUUUUGUUGUACAAUGGAAGACAUCGAUUCUAUGUUUAAAUAUGAUCAACGUAAACCACCUUAUACGUCUUCUUUGACUGCAAUAAGUUUGUUACAAGAAUCUCCAGCAAUAAAAUUACGGACACAAUAUGUUAAUCGCUUGAACGCAUUGUCAAGAAGGUCAACGAUGAGAGGCAAGGAUAUACAGUUCGCUCGAAUGAAAUCUGAAAAUCUUGGUAUUUCUUCGAUCAUUAGAUCAAAUCAGUGGUACAUAGAAGAUGAGAUUGCGUUAGCCAAAGAUAUCUUAUGGGAAGAUAGAUUACGUAAAAGCGACGAGGAAACCCGACGAAAUGUUCGUAUUGGAAAAGAAAAAAUGGAAAAUAAAUUGAAACAAAUAAAAAAUAUUGCUGGUCCACGAUGGUAUCAAGAUUUCUCUAUAGAUCAGAUGAAAAAUCUAAUGAUAUUGGAGGAUAUGAUAAUGGCUGAUUAUAAACAAAUGGAAACUGUUCGUACUAAGAAAACGCUUAUGGACAUAGGAGUAUUAACGACAUUUUUUCAAAUGGAUCCAAAAAAUAUCAGAAAAAUGCAACGAUUGUGUGACUUCAAGGCGAUUGAUUUUUUACGAGAAAUUUACAGAUUACUUACUGGAAAUUAUUUCGAAGAGGAAGGCUACAAAAAUAAUUAUGAUUGCAACGAAAAAAUCAUUUUAUCCGCCAUUGCUUUCUUGACAUUGCCAGAAACGAUUAUCGAAUUAAAUAAAAGAUUACCUUCUGUUAUUAUGCCAAAAAUUCCUCCGAAACCUCUUCCAAUGAAGGUUCUACCAAGAAAAAAAGCAAGUUCACCGUAUAAGGAAGAACUCUUUACACGUCCAGAUUGGGUAACUUACUUGAAUCGUUUGGAAAGUUGGCGAAAAUAUUGUAAAUCGAUAGCAAUGCCAAAAGUGACACUACCUGAUCCAAGUUGUCCAAUAUUUACUUACAAAGAAGAGUUCCGAAACGUCGAAAUAAAUCAUAAAAUUUUCCUAGGUUCAGCGAAACGCGAAGAUAGAGUAAUGGAACUUCAUAAAAAUAUGAAAAUUCGUGAAUCUAUUAAAAGACGUCUUAGUGUUGAUAAAUCUGAUAUCUUUAAAUCGCCCGAGGAGAAUCAAGUUUUCGAUUUCACGUUUUCCGGAUUGAGCGAAAACCAAACUGAUCCAGUACAAUAUAAGAUUUGUGGAACACUUAAUCCACCUCGGGAAAAUAAAAAAUCCUGGCUGGGAGAAAAGGAUGCACAUUUUAUUAUAAGCGGUGUCUCGAAUGAACCACCUCAGUGUCCUGUUUCUUUUGAGAUGACAGGAGUGGCUAAUGUUACGCCAAUAAAUAGCGAUGAGAGAUUCUUCACAGUAUUGAAACUUGGCGAUGGCCCUAAUAAGAUUUAUCCGAGUGGUCGAAAAAAUCUUUCCAAGAACUGGCAAGAAUGGUUACACAAUGCAGACGAAGAAUUUAUAAAAGUAGAGAAGGAAGCAAACAAGAUAUUGAAAAACGUUGAGGCUACGAUGAGACUCGUUUUUCCAGGACCAAUAUGUGAUAGUUGUUGUUCUUGCAGGCAAACCAGAAAGACUAAUAUCAUAAGUAAAAAAACGAAGGCACCUUAUAUGGUCAUUGAUACUUUAACCGAAGACGAUCGAAAACAAAAAUACAUAGUCGGAUCAAUGGCACUUCAUUCACCAGCGCUUACACCUGAUCAAUCUACGGUAAAUUUGAUCGAUGUCAUUGCUUCCGAGGAUAAAAUUACUACGAACGUUGUUAUAAAUGGUGUUACUACUGCGAAAGGCGAGAAAAAAUAUUAUAUAACUGGUAUGGCGAAAGAUACUAUUCAUAUUCCUUCAAAAAAGAUCGAAUCAUCUCCACCAUUGCUAAUUAAAAAUAUUCCACCGUGUACAUGUGCCAUUCAACAAAUGUUCAAUCAAAAUGUGACUCCAAGAUUGAGUACCGACAACAUCCCAUGGACCAAAAAGGAAGGUUUAUGUUCAGGAAAAAAAUAUAGACCUGAAACAAUUUCAGCUUAUUCUUGUAAAAUCUAUCCAGGUGAUAAAUCCUGUAGAUUGAAUCCAUUUCUCAAGGAAGUUGCUAAAUUAGAAAGAAAAAAGAAUAAAAAGGAAAAGUCUGAAGAUGAUUAUCAUUCCAAUAAGAAAAAAAGAAUGUAUAGUAUCGCUGAUUUUCAACCUUGCGGUGAUGAACAUGGCAUGCAUACCUGUGACGGUCCAUGGGGUACUCUUAACAUUUUAACCCCCGACGAACUGAAGGAACAGGAAAAAGAACGAAAAGAGAUUUUAAGGGGUCCACCAUGCGGAAUAAAACCAGGACGUGCUGUUUGCGAAGGACCUUUUGGUGAGAGAAUACCACGUCCAAAAAGGUCCAGGCCAACAGACGACGAGGAAGAAAUAGAGGAAGAGGAAGAAGAAGGAGAAGAAGAAAAAGGAGAAAUAAAAAAGCCUGUUCCAAUGAAAAAGGAGAAAAUUCUACGACGUGACAAACUCUGUCACGCUAGUCCAGAAACCAUAGCAGCUGAGAAAAAGACUGUUGAAAAAAAGGUUACCAAAUUUAUACCUGAUCCAGAUUAUCAUGGUUACGAUGAUCCAUGGAAUGUUUCUCGUACUGCACCAUCGGUCAAGGAAACUAUUACGGAAUAUGAACAAACUUUAAAACUUUCAACUCCUAAACCAAGAUCGGAUCCAUCUGAACCUAUUAUUGAAGUUUUGAAGAAGAAAAAAAGUAAAAAAUCUGAAAUUCUUACAUCAUCGAAAGAUAGUUCGUUGAAAACCUUGUCUGACAAACAUAAAGUUUUGUCUACAAAAAUACAUUCGGAUAAGAUUAAGAACGAAACUAAGAGUAAAAAGAAACCCGUAGUAAGUAUCAAAAAAAGAUUAGACGUUAUUGAAACCUCGAAGAAACAUUUGCGAAAGAAAAUGUCCUCUUUGCCUUCUUACGAUCAAAAGCUAGAGAAAGGUGGGAAAAAACAAAAUAAGAGAAAUACGAACGAAAGUAUGAUUAGAAAAAUUUCAAGAGAUCAUCCUGCAAUAGAUUUGAAAAAGAAAAAUAUAUCUAAUUCUCAGGAAUUCACAAAAUUUAGCGAGAAGAAAUCAAAAAAAAAGAAAUCGUUGACGAAGGAGGUUGGCAUUGCCCUUACAUCGGAAUAUCUCGAUAAAGAAAUGAAAAGAUUGAAGAGCAUGAUGGUAUCACCUGACAUCCAUCUCAAUGACAUUCAGCCAAUUAUUCUUCCUGAAGAACCACCAUCGUAUUGUCAACAUGAAUAUGGUGACACUUUGCAAAAGGAUUCAACUUUUGAUGAAACCAUUAGCAAAGUGAAGAUCUCGAAAAAAGGUCCGUGCGGUUGGAGGACGAAAUCGGAACAAGAAUUGCCUGUUAAAAAGACUUUGGCCUAUUUGACUGAUCCUGAUCCACCAAUCGAGAUGGUUCCUGUGAGACCAGGUGGGAAGGCUUGUAUUUGUCGUGAAAAUAGGAAUAAGAAAAAGAUUCUGAUGUAUCAGAUUGGUGGAUCAGUUGGGAAUAAAAAAAUUGAAUUGAAUAAAGUCGGUAGAACUAGCGUUGGAAGGGUUAGUAUGAAAAAGAAAGAAAAAGAGAAGGAACAUGAUGAAACUAGAGUAAUAGAGGGUGUUAUUUAUUAUACACCACCGCCAAGUCGAAGAAGAAGCGACGAGUAUGUUCCCGAAUACGAUGUUUAUGAAUCACCUUAUGAAAUAUGUGCUUAUCGACCCAAGAACAGUUUUAUGAAUAUGUUAGAAAGAUACAUAACACCUCCUGGCAUUAUAUCGAAGACACGAGAUAACAUUAAACCAUGCGAUUGUAGUGAUUAUUUAGAUAUUUAUGGUGUAGCCGGUGAACAUGCUGAAAUAGAAGAGUCCAAAAGAUUACUUGAGGAAAGAGAAAAAUUAAUGGAAUCGAAAUCACCAAAGGAACGUUGGGCUCUAGCUCUGAAGGACAAUGGUUUAAUGGAUUAUUAUGCCGGUUGUAAACACAAAGUACCUUGUUGGUCGACGUGUGCCAGAUUAAAUAAAUAUGCCUGUCCUCCGAAGCCGCGAAGAUUAAAAGUUAAAAAGCCUGUAUGCGAGUGUAAGUACGAAAGAAAGAUAGUAGAGAAUAAAGAAGAAAAGAUCAAGUGGAAGGAACGUCAAAAUAAACUAAAAAACUUCAAGAAGAAAGCUUAUACAAAUGUGAAAAAUAUUUCGAGACCUAUGAAAGCUGACACAAAAAUGAUUAUAUCUGAUGUUAAAAGAAUUCCUCGUGAAGAUGAGUACAUAGACGAUGUACAAUAUUGUAUAUCGGGUAUAAUAGAAAAUUAUACUAUGGAUCCAAAAGUAACAACAGUUGUGGAAGGUUUAAACAUGGCCACACCUAUACAUACACCAAAACCAAGCAAGGAAGAUAUACCAUGUGUUUGUUUGCAUAGUCAUUGGUCACCAACGAAUAUACCACCUGGACCAUUACCUAGAAAAGAUGAAGCAUUGAUAGAAGAAAGAAAACGUAGAGAUAAGUAUUUGGAAGAAGCAGCACGAAUAAUUUAUGGUCCUAACGAUGAAGAAAGUAAAUCUGAAAAAUGUUAUCGCGAUUGUAAGAUUGAAAAUCAUAGUCAAAGGAGAACGACGAUGACAGAGAAAAAGGUGCAGAAAGAGACGGAUAAAAAUAAAAAGUUAUCUGUAACAAAAACUAUAACAGAAUCAAAAGUUGACAAAGAUCAAGGAGAUAAGAAUCUUUAUCAAGACAACGUUGAUUUGGGAGACUUAAUAAAAAAAGAAUUGAAAUCAAUGGCAACAGAGGGAUUUCUUUUUGCCAAAUUACCAAAAUGUCAUCGGAUGCCACAAAUUCAGAACUGGAUUAUGUAUAGAAAAGGAUUCGUUUUUACCGACAAAGAAAAAGAGGAAUUAAUGACCCUGACGUUUAUGGUUUGGGCGAUGGCUGAUAUAAUUAAACAACCGGAUAUUAUGGUUCCGUCCUUGGAUAUGUCCAAGAAAGAAAUUCGAGAAUUAACAUUCGAUCGAGUUGAAGAAAUGAAGAAAAAAAUCGCUAUGAAAAAUGCCAUAUUCUACAGUCGUUUACGAAAAAUGCGUGUAUUAUAUAGCCAGUAUAUGUGGAGUACCAUGGAAUUUCGAAAACAUCCAUCUUUGUCAUUUAAAAGAGCCUACUUCACUUAUAUGGCUUCAAAGGAAGCUGAUGGACACGUUUUUAAACCUUGGAUGAUAAAUGAAGUUCGUGAAAAAGAUUAGUUUAUAUUGCUCAUACGUUGUUUCUUAUUAAAAUUCUAUUAUCCUGCGAAGUUCUUAAUGUUUAUCAAAAUUAUGACAUACAUAUAUUUAAUUAAA